CGGAGCUCGGCGCUCCCAGGGCCCCCCCCGCCCCCAGAAAAGGAGGGCUGGAGGCAGGCAGGGCUCUGCAAUGGGAUGUGAGGAGAGCCUGCCCGAAUCCCGGCAGCCUGGAUGUUUUCUGAAUGACACAACGGGGCAGCUGGCACCUGGUUGGAAAAUGACCUGUUGAGAUGCUGCCAGGGAACAGCUUUGCCGUGAAAGAAUUCCCCCGCGGCGCUUCCACCCGGGCAGGCCUGCCCCUCCCGGCUGUUGGCAGCAGUUUGGCUGGCUGAGCCAGCCCCGGGCCAGCGGCUGCUGCCGCUGGGGAAGCCUGUCCCAGCCUUAGGGAACGGCACCAAACAGGUCCCUGCACGGGGUUGCAGCGUGGCGCCCAAAGAUGCCAGAGUCUGUAGGUUUUCACUCCGAAGCAUUCCGUGAACAAGGACCUGCACGAAGGAGGAGGAGGACGUGCCCACAAAAGAUUCAGCUCACUAGAGGCUGGAAUUCCCUUGCAGAAGCUGAGAACCCGGAAAAGAACAGCCAUUGGAAACCUGAGUAGGAGACAAGCUGAAACAAGAGAUAGAGUGCACGUUCUAGAAGUGAUAAUCACCUAUUGAAGAUUGUGUCAAAAUGGAUCGUGAGUAUAUGACGAAAGAUUGUGUCAAAAUGGAUCGUGAGUAUAUGACGAAGAUCAACCAUUACUGUCAAACGCAUAAACUUAAACUGGUUUAUGACCCCAUCGAUAUGACGGGCCCGUCUCAUGAUCCCGAGUUCACAGUUGUUGUCAGAAUAAACGAUGAGGAAUAUGGUAGAGGCACCGGUAAAAGUAAAAAAGAAGCAAAAGCAGUAGCAGCAAAAGAAGCAUGGGAAAUGAUUGAGAAACAGCAUAACAGUUCCUCAAAUAUGGCAGCUGCAGAGUUAGCGACAACUCAAACAACCUCAUCGCCUGCACCGGACAAAGAUUAUGUCAGCCUGUUAAAUAUUUUUUCACAGAGGUCGUGUCAAAUAGUUGAUUAUACUAAAACUUGUAUUGGAGAUGCCCAUGCUCCCACGCAUUUUGUUAGCUGUAUGAUUAGUGGUCAUUUGUACGGAAGGGGAACUGGACCUUCCCUAGCUGCUGCAAAACAAGCUGCAGCAAAGGAAGCAUAUGAGAAGGUAAAUAAGGAGAAGAUGGAAACUGAAAGAUCUAAUGGCAGUUCUACAUUUAGCAAAUACAGCAAUUCCUCUCAAGUGCCAGCUGAGUCUGACUCAGAUAAAAACAGCAUUUGCUUUGCUGACUCAUCUGCAAAGUUGGUAGAAAAAAUGAAUGACAUGGCAGUAUGUGAAAAGCCUUCACCUUUGCAGAGAAAUGCACAAAGUUUGAAGGCCAAAAGAAAAUUGGCAGCUAAUUUUGCUUGUGUUGUAAGAAACAAGGAAGAGGGAGCAAAUAUGUCAGAUUCAAAUGCAAGUUUGCCAGAUGUGGACACAAAUACUGGAGAAGAGAAUGGGAGUCCGCACACUGUCAAUAAAACAUUUCUCGAACAUUUUGAAGGAAUAGAGCCUAUUGGUGCAGGUGGUUUUGGGAAUGUUUUCAAGGCAACAUCAAAGUGUGAUAAGAAAACCUAUGCAAUCAAACGAGUUGAAUUCACAGAGAAAGUAGAGCGUGAAGCACAAGGGCUUGCAGGACUUACACAUGAGAACAUAGUGCGCUAUCAUUUCAGCUGGAAAGGGGAUGACUAUAUCAAGUACCCAGACUCAAGCUGGAGACCAAACCAGAAAAUUCUCUGUCUUUUCAUCCAAAUGGAAUUCUGUGAACAAGGAACAUUGGAAAACUGGGUUGCAAAAACUAACGAAGACCGAAAGUAUCAUGAAAUGGCACAAAACAAAUUUUUACAAAUAGUGAAAGGAGUGGGAUAUAUUCAUUCUCAAAAGUUAAUUCAUCGAGACCUCAAGCCUCAGAAUAUAUUCAUAUCACAUGAUAAUAAAAUAAAAAUAGGUGACUUCGGUCUUGUGACUUCUGUGGCAUUUGAGACUUUGACUGAGAACAGAGGAACAAAAUCGUAUAUGGCACCAGAACAGGCUGGGGCCAGAUAUGGAAAGGAAGUAGAUAUUUAUGCAUUGGGAUUAAUUUGGUUUGAAAUUCUUUCGGCAUUCACUUGUCAUGAAAAAACUAAGGUAUGGCCUUCUGUUAGACAAGGUGUGCUCCCAGAGAGCUUCACCAUCCAAUUUCCAACAGAGGCAUCCAUAAUCAAAAAGAUGCUUUCAACAGACCCUUCAGGAAGAAUCACUAUAUCUCAUUUACUUGACCUUGUGAAGUCUGUUGAUAAAGAGAAGGCACUUAGAAAUUUUUCUUAUUGAAUGUCCUUUCAAACUGUGUUUAAAUCCAGAGUUUGAUGAAUUUAUUAUAAUUGAUGAAAUGACAGAUGUCAGAAGCAACAGCAAGACUUGGGGUGUGUCUUUUCCUUGGCCACAUCACCAUUCAUGUCUGCUGGCUGCAACCAGGACAGGGCACAUCUGCAAGAAAUCACACUCAGUUUUUACCUGGAAACAUAGGUUGUAGCUGAGCUGGACUGGUUUGUACAAUAAGUACCUGGUCCUUUUCCCCUCGAAGAUCAUGUUGAUGUGCUGAAGUGCUAACUGGGUUGUGCCAAAUCCCUGCAUGUGCUGCAUCCAUUAUCCCUUAAGGUUAUCUAUUGCUUUCCAUGGAAGAACUGCUGUCUUGGUGAUAUGUGACUCAAACCUUUCUGAUUUGUUCAGUGAUAUUGUUAGUUAUUACUGGAAUGCUCCCAUUAGUACCGAGACUGGUUUUGGCAGAAAAGAUACGAGGAAUAGGUGCAUGUUAUUCUCCACUGAAUUUCAGUACUUUAAGUUUUCUUAUCUCUUCACAGCUGCUGAUGACCUAGCACCUUCAGUGCUCUGGAAUUUAAACUUGUAAAAUGAGGAUUUCUUUAAAUGUUAAACAUUCAGCUUCUAGGAAAUCUAAUUUAGAACAAAUCUCAAUUUUGAAAAGUUUAGGUUUUUAUGGUUGUCUUUUUUGGAAAGGAACAUUCAAGGUGCUAUUAAUAUAGGAAAAUUCUCAUUAUAGGAAAAUUGCCUCAGUAGUAACCAUUUGAAAUCCAAGGCUGAAAGAGCACUUAAAACAUUCCCAUGCUUCUAGGUUUUAGUCCCUUAUUGUAAUACUGAGGCAUGCCUAACCCUUAAUAACUGUACUUAGUACCUCUGGUGUGCCCACUGCCAGCCCCACAAAAGGGAACAGCAGGUUCUCUGCUACUCUUCAUUUGGAUCCAUCAGAGUUCAGCCUUGCCUGAACUUGAAGUACUGUGUGUGGUGUGGGGAGCAGGGUGAGAAGGCACAUUGGACCUUCAGGUGCUUGUCUGUGAGCUUUGUCUUGUCAAACUGUUCUUUGAUGUGGGGUCAACAUAACUCCAUAAGGGCAAAUGAGCAGAGAUUUCUAAGCACAAAAAUAGGCAAUAUGUAAAGUACUGUAUGCUUUUUCUGAAAUGUUAAAUGAGUUAAAAGUGGGUGACUGCUCUAAAAUAAAUAAAACAAAUGAAGGUAUUUAUAUUCUUAGGGAAAUUACUGAUGUUCUGGUGCAAGUAUUUGUUGCUAAAUAAGAAUGUGAUUGUACAUACUUUUGUAAGGCCUUACACCGCUUUCAUUUUUCUCUUCAUCAUGAAUGAAAUGUAUGGAAUCAUAGAAUGGUUUGGGUUGGAAGGGACCUUAAAGAUCAUGCAGUUUCAACUACCCUGCCCGGGGCAGGGACACUUUCCAGUAGAUGACAUUACUCAAGGCCUUGUUUAACCUGGCUUUGAACACUGCCAGCAGCAGGGUAUCCACAGCUUCUCUAGGAAACCUGUUCCAGUGCUUCAUCACCUUCACAGUAAAGAAUUUCUCCCUAACAUCUUAUCUCAACCUUUCACUUUGAAGCCAUUCCCCCUUGUCCUGUCACCACAUGCCCUUGGAAGAAGUCCCCUUCCAGCUCUCUUGGCAGCCCCCUUCAGGUACUGAAAGGCUGCUCUAAGGUCUCCGCAGAGCCUUCUCUUUUCCAGGCUGAACAAUCCCAACUCAAGCAACUUCAUUUGCCAGUUCCCUCAGGACCAGUGGAUGCAUGUCAGCAGGUCCCAUGGACUUGUGCACCUCUAGUUCUUUAGAUUUUCUUGACUUUGAUCUUCUCCUUGACAUCCCUGGCCAGACUGAAUCCCAUCAGAGCUUUAUGCUUUCCUAACCUUAUCUUUGACUGGAAUUCAUAAAGUGUUUCACUAUGCUAAACUAAUUAGUAUUUCUUUGCAGUGGUCCAGAUCUGUGAGAAAUUAUAUAUCUUCACAGACAAUAGUACUAUUGUCUGUGUACAACAGUACUAUUUCUGCUUUCUCUUCUCUUUAAUCUAUUGGGAUAAAAUUAACAUACAGUUUGACUUGAUGAUCUUAAAGAUGUGUUCCAACCUAAACAAUUCUAUGAAAUUAUUCAUAAUAUGAAAAUGGACAAUCUUUUGGAUGCAUUUCCUUUACAGUUUUUGGACAGAGCAAAGUAGUAUCAUUACCUUCUUGCUGUUAAGUAAUACUGUAGCAGUUUGUAACAGUAGCUUGUUCCAGUACUUUUUGAUAUAUUUUCCCUGCGUAGUAUUUGUAUACUUCAGCAUUAUCUUUUUAUAAAUGGCUAGUUAUAGUAGCAACUGCUGUUACCCAAAAAUAAAAUGUCAAUUAAAAGGUAUUUUUAUGUAAAAAAAUGAAAACCCACCAUCAUGAUCUAAUUCUAUUUAAUUAUGGAAAAUAUGCAUCUUUAUAUACAAAAGAAUACUGGUUCAAGUAAUAUCGCUGUCACGUUUCACAAGUUUUUUUUUUCCUGACCAAGUUUAAGAUAGUAAGAAAAACCCGUCUGGUAUUUAGGCAUCUCUGUAAAGAUGAAAAAACCUGAUUUAACACAUUUUGCAAUAAAGUGAUUGGCCAAUAUUUAUGCCUUUACUCAUAUUUGAAUUUUAUUACCAGCUGGCUAACACAUAAACAAAGUUGUGAAAGACUCAACCUAACUCUCAAUUACAAAUACCAAGUUUUAAUUCCUAUUAAAUUGUGCAUCAAACAGAAAAUAUGAAUUAGCUUGUCAACUUAAACUCUUCUUCUGCAUACUUUAGUAUGAAUUCUUAAGUAUGGCACAGCUCCAAGCCUUUUAAAAGAUACUAUGAGUUAUACAUACUUCUCUAGGGCUUCUUCCUUUAGACUGGCUUUAGUCAUGAUCUGCAGCACUGUCUCCAGGACAGUUUGAAGAUAAAUCUUCAGAGUCUACAGAAUAAGCAGGAAAAAAAAGUGAGUAAUUGCAGCUCAGGGAAGGAAAAAUGGUUGCUAGAACUAUUUCUAGAAUCCUUGUAGAACAGAUUAAAUAGAAUACAAGGUUUACAAGUUAGUAAGUCUCAAAUUUGUUUUAAAACAGCAAACACAAAUUCUACUCUCUUUAGUGUUGUGAAACUGGAUGGUUUUUGUUUCAGAAACAUGUGCCAGCUUUUGCAGCUUUUUUUGAUAUUGGUUUUAACAUCUGAAUUAUGUUUUCUCAAAACUAAUUAAAUUAAAUUUUAAUAUGAAUUUAAAUAAAUUUCAAUAUGGUUUGCUGUG